AUGAAGAAACAAGCGACAUCGGGUUCAUGGUUACCCAACGAUCUAAUCUCAGAGAUUCUCUUACGGUUGCCUGCCAAAUCCGUAGGGAGGUUUCGUUGCGUGUCGAAGCUUUGGUUAUCAAUCACAACCGAUCCAUGUUUCAUCAAGUCGUUUGGGACUAUACAACGGCCAAGUCUUCUACUAUGUUCAAUAAAAGGUCAAAACAUGUUUGUUACUACUCAUCAGAGGUCUUACACUUCUUUUUCUCAGCCUAUUCCUCGUUAUCAUAUGAAAGCUCUAGGACAACAUUGUUACUUUUCUAAUAUGGAUUCUGUGCACGGCUUGAUCUGCAUUGAAGAUGUAUGCUCCCGUAAGCCCUUAGUUUGGAACCCUACCACGGGACAAUUAUUAGUUUUACCCAAACCCAAAAUGAGCUCCAGACAUAUUAAUGCGUUCUUAGGAUAUGAUUCAGUCGGAGGUAAACACAAAGUAAUGUGCCUUCCCUAUAAAAAAACUUGUUACGUCUGCCGAGUUUUUACUUUAGGAUCAGGGCAAGAAUCGUGGAGGACCGUCAGAACUAACCUGAAACAUUGGUGUCGUGGCUUUGCUUCUGGUCAAUGCAUCAAUGGGGUGAUAUAUUAUCUAGCCUAUAAUAUAUCAAAUAAGCCAUGGUAUCUUUGUACGGUUAUAAUGAGCUUUGAUGUCAGAUCUGAAAUAUUCCAUACGAUAGAACUACCUUCAGAUUUUCAUGAUGACGUGCUGAUAACUUACGAGGGGAGAUUAGCUUGUAUUGAUGAAGAUAAUGAUAAAAGAUUGUGGAGUUUGGAGGAUGUUGAUAAUAAACAGAAGUGGUCUUUUCAAGACUUUCGCAAACCUUUACAUAAGCUUUUCGAGCUACAAGGUUUUACUCAGGCUGGCGAGUUUGUUUAUGUGCCUUACAGGUUCCAGAAAUCGUCUUUUAUUAAAUUCUACGAUCCGGUGAGUAACAUUCGUAGAAGACUCAAAUUGGAAGGAAUCGAAAAUGAAGAAUUUGGGAACUCUGUGAAGGGUUUCACGAAUCACAUUGAAAGUCUUAUGCCUUUGUAA